CAUCGCCUUCAAAAAUUUUCGAACUCGGAUCUGAUAGGCUCUACUCGUAAAAUUCUAUCUAUAAAAAUUGCUUGAUCAUUGAUGAUUUUUUUAGGCUAUUUAUGUACCAGCCGAUGAUUUAACAGAUCCAGCUCCGGCUACAACAUUCGCUCACUUGGAUGCAACAACUGUCUUAUCUCGUGGAAUUGCUGAAUUAGGUAUUUAUCCAGCUGUCGAUCCAUUAGAUUCAACAUCACGUAUUCUUGAUCCAAAUAUUGUCGGUGAAGAACAUUAUUCAGUUGCACGUAGUAUUCAAAAAACACUUCAAGAUUAUAAAUCAUUACAAGAUAUCAUUGCUAUUUUGGGUAUGGAUGAAUUAUCUGAUGAUGAUAAAUUAACUGUUGCUCGUGCUCGUAAAAUUCAACGUUUUCUUUCACAACCUUUUCAAGUCGCUGAAGUAUUUACUGGUACACCAGGUAAAUUAGUACCACUUAAAGAAACAAUCAAAGGAUUUAAAAUGGUAUUGAAUGGUGAAUUGGAUCAUUUACCUGAAGGAGCUUUUUAUAUGGUCGGUGGUAUUGAAGAUGUUUCUGCUCGUGCUGAAAAACUUGCCUCAGAACGUUAG